AUGAGCUCUACUCUGAAGUCCAAAGCAGCAGUGACCGAUGAACUGGUUACUAAAGCAUUAAGUAGUCCAACUAAAAAGAGAACAGCAGAAGAUGAGAUUGAGAUUGAUUUAAAUCAAUCAGUUCCUCUAUCCAAGAAGCAGAAACGUUUGCUGAGGAGAGGUAAAAUCAGUUUGGAAGAAUUGAAUUCGAAAUUUAAUAUUGAUCCCAAGUCUAUUGAAGAAUAUCAAAAAGAGGGCGAAACUAAAAAGGAUGAUGAGGAUAACGAAAGAGGCUCAGCAUUGACUGCGUCAUCGAUCGGUGCAGAGGGAGGUCAACCAGUUGCAGCUGUUGCAACUUCAAAGGAGAGGGAAAAAUCGUUUGGUGUUUGGAUUGGAAAUUUAUCCUAUUGUACCACUAAGCAAGAUAUCAUAAGGUUUAUUACUGCAAAGACAUCCACGCUCGAAGGGCCAUCAAAAAUCACGGAAGCGGAUAUUGUCAGAUUUAAGAUGCCUUUAGCUCAGAAUGAUGGAAAGAUCAUUAAGAAUAAAGGGUUUGCCUAUGUGGACUUCAAGUCGCAGGAGCAAAUGCUCGCGGUAAUUGGUCUGUCAGAAUUACAGUUGAAUGGCAGAAACUUAUUGGUGAAAAAUUCUAAAGGCUUUACAGGUAGGCCAGACAAAAACGACCUUAUUUCCCUGUCCAAAAACCCGCCAUCGCGCAUUCUAUUCGUUGGGAACUUAUCCUUCAACACUACCGAAGAGCUUUUAAAAAAGCAUUUCCAGCAUUGCGGCAAUAUCGUUAAAAUCAGGAUGGCUACAUUCGAAGACACUGGCAAGUGUAAAGGAUUCGCCUUCGUGGACUUCAAGGAUGAAACUGGUCCAACUGCAUCUCUAACUGAUAAAUCCUGCAGAAAAAUCGCAAACAGACCAAUUAGAAUGGAAUACGGUGAAGACAGAAGUAAACGACAUGUAAAAAGAAAACCUGAAUCUUCGAACGCCCGUUCCAUUUCGGAAAACAUCGACUUGCCACCGUCGAUCGCGAAGAAACAACCUGAUCAUCACUUUGAAACCAGUAGAAAGAGACAGCCAACAUAUAGAGAUUCUAAUAACCGUGUGAAAAGUAGUGUCGCAUUGGCUUCCGCACAACGGGCGUCCGUUGCAAUCGUCCCCUCACAGGGCAAAAAGGUAAAGUUCUAA